AUGCAGUACCGACGCAUGCUGAGCGUGGCACUGGCCCUAUUGGGGUCCGGUAUGGCCUACAAGUCUCACAGCUUCAGCAGCAUGGAUGCAGAUGAUUCUGGCAACCCCAUCCGAAAAGUGGUCUCCAUGAUGGAGAGGAUGGGUAAGAAGAUCGAAGAGGAGGGCAAGCAUGAAGAGGACCUCUAUGACAAGUUCAAAUGCUACUGCAAAAAGACCAUGGGACAGCUUGAGGCCAGCAUCCAGCAGCAGCAGUACAACCCGGUGACCCCUGCAGACAUUGAGAGCAGGGAAGCCGAGAUCAGUGCUCUUGAGCAAGAGGUCACAAAGCUCAAGGAGGACCGCAUUGCAGAGGAGGACUCGCUCAAGGCUGCGGAGGUCCAGCGAGGGAAGGAGCACGAGCACUACGUGGAGGAGCAUACCGAGGAUACCCAGGUUGUGGAUCAGAUCUCCAAAGCGCAGGAGGCUUUGAAAACUGGCUCCUCUACGGCCCUACUCCAGAAGACACCGAUGCUCCGAGCCGCGGACCGCCAUCUGCAUGCCACGGAGAAGCAGCGCCUGGUGUCCUUCCUGUCAGGAGAGAAGAUGGAUCCUGGCUACGUGAUGGGCAUCCUCAGUGGCAUGGCCGACGACACCAAGGAGGAGAUCGUCACUGAUGACAAGAGUGAGGACACCGCAAUUCACACCUUCCAAGAUCUCGAGGGUUCCAAGAAGGUGGAGAUCUCCACGUUGCUGGAGCAGUUCGAGCGCAAAUUGAAGCGCAUUGGUGAGCUGAAGGUGGACGUUGUGAACCUGAAGAAGUCCAUGGAGGGCGCAGGCCAAUCCCUAGCGGAUGACAAGAAGAUGCUGGCGGAGCUAAAGACCACCUGUGAGGCCAAAGCAGCCGCCUGGGAGGAACGCCAGGAGAACCGACGAAAGGAGCUGAUGGCCCUCCAGGAGACGGUGAAGAUCCUGGACUCUGAUAAGUCUUUGGACCUCUUCCGCAAAAAGGCCUCAAGCCUCCUCCAGGUGGAUAAGGAUGUCAAGGGCAAGAAGGACCGCGCCCUGGAAUUGGUGCUUAAGGCCAAGGGCGAGGCUCACCCGGAGCUGAACUUCCUGGCGCUCGCACUCUCCGGCCGCAAGGUGGACUUCAGCAAGAUCGUGAAGAAGAUUGACAGCAUGGUUGAGCUCCUAAAGACCGAGCAGAAGGAUGACGUGAGCAAGAAGGACUACUGCGGCAAGGAGUUCCACGAGGCCGAGCUGAAGGGCAAGUCUGUGGGCUCUGCCAUCACGUCCCUCAGCACCACCGUGGAGCAGUCCAAGGGCGCCAUUGCGCAGCUGGCCACGGAGGUGACCUCUCUGCAGGCAGGACUCGGAGAGCUUGACAAGUCCGUGGCCGCUGCCGGCGAGAAUCGCAAAGCCGAGCAUCAGGACUUCCAGGAGCUCAUUGCCUCCAACAGCCAGGCCGUCCAGCUGCUGGACCUGGCAAAGAAUAAGCUGAACCAGUUCUACAACCCUAGCCAGUUCGUGGACACCACCACCAAGAACCCCUUUGACCCCUAUGCCUUCCUGCAGGCAUCCAGCCACAAGAUGGAGGCCCCUCCUCCCACUUUUGUGGGUGGCUACCAGUCCAAGAUGUCGGAGAGCAAUGGCGUCUUCUCCAUGAUUGCCCAGCUGAAGGCGGACAUCGAACAGGAGAUGGCCCUGGCUAAGUCUGAUGAGGCCAACUCCCAGAAGGACUACGAGAAGACCUUGGCUGAUGCCGCUGAGAAGCGCGACGCGGAUGUGGCUCUGAUCCAGGAUAAGGCUAAGACCAAGGCGGAUCUGGAGACAGACCUCAGCGAUGAUAAGAGCGAGCUCUCCAACAAGAAGAAGGAGGCCUCGGUCAUCAAGGAGGUGGUCAGCAACCUGCACCAGGAGUGCGACUGGCUCCUGGAGCACUUUGAACUCCGCGCCCAGGCCCGGGCCGAAGAGAAGGAGAACCUCGUGCAGGCCAAGACCGUGCUCUCGAGCAUGUGA